CCCGGGUGUCGUGAGGCGGGCGCCCCGUGAGAGCGCCGAGGGCCGGGUGGACGCUGGUGUCAUCUGUCUGAAUAGCGGCUUCCCUGCGAACGGCGCGGCCAUGGCUGGAACGCUGAUGCGCAAAGCGGUGGACUAUGUCCGGAGCAAGGACUUCCGGGACUAUCUCAUGAGCACACACUUCUGGGGCCCUGUUGCCAACUGGGGUCUCCCCAUUGCUGCUAUCAAUGACAUGAAGAAAUCUCCAGAGAUUAUCAGUGGGCGGAUGACUUUCGCCCUCUGUUGCUAUUCUUUGACAUUCAUGAGAUUUGCCUACAAAGUACAGCCUCGAAACUGGCUCCUGUUUGCAUGCCAUGUAACAAAUGAAGUAGCUCAGCUCAUUCAGGGAGGACGGCUUAUCAACUAUGAGUUGAAUAAGCGGGCAUAGCAGUGCAAGGACCAGCUCUUGAAAGGGACAGUGCCUCAGCCACUGCUGCCAAGCCACAGAUCACAUCAGCAUAAAUGCUGAGGGGAAAACACGGAAUGCUAUGUUUAAUAACCAUGCCAACAUUAUAGAAUAGCCGAGAGUCCCUAAACCAACUCUCUGCUGCCUUAUCAACUAAAAUUUAUUUGUCUUCAUCAAGAGUAGUUCAAAAUAUGCAACUUAUUUUGAAUGAUGGUUUUAUGUAUAGCAAUCUGUAGCAAUGUGUAUAUUAUCUAUUGGGAUUUGUGUAAUAAAAAUCUAAGGGAACAAAUUUUAUAACUACAAGCACUUAAGUACUCAAAAUUCUUGACUUUUUCUUUAAUGACUAAAGUGUAUCCCUCAGUUGGUCACAUGCCUAUACAUAAAUUUCCAAUGGUAACAAGUACCAGUGUUUUCCAUAGUGUGUAAUUCAGAUCUGUAACUUAAUGGCAAUAAAUGAUUUAAAUAUUUGCUA